CUGCGACAAAGUUGAAGGUGGAAGAUGGGGUGGUUUGAUGCUUUGGAGUGCUUGUUGGCAAACGAGAGAGGAGAGGGAGAGGUAAAGAGACGUGGAAAUCGCUUUUGCUGAUGCCAUUAGCGCCUGUAGCCGGAUGCUCUUUCCAUCCCAGCAACCAGGCACCUGGCACUCAGAGAGAGUCCGACAUGGCAGUUGCUGAUGGCCCGGAUAAGUGUGUGCGUUGCUCUUGCUGACCCCCACGCACGCGUUUGCCGGAACCAGAGCCGUUACCUGCUCCGAGACCCCCGAGAGCCAUUCAGAGGCCAGCAUGUUUGACCGGUUCUCACUGGGCCGGGGCGACACAUGUGCCUAUGGGGCACGGUGCAUCCCACGAGCUGGCCACCUGAAGCGGCAGCCGACCCGACCGCCUGGAACCACUCAACUUUCGCCUGCCUUAUCGUUGCUAGCAGCAUGCUCCCGAGGUUGACCAUAAAUCCAAUUUCGUCUCUUCUUCUUAUCAAAGACAAACCGUGUUUUCCUUGAUCGACGGCAAGCACAACAGGUUACACCAAUGCAGGUCUACCCCGAUAUUCUUGCUAUCGGGACCACAACGAUAGGGAAUCUCCUCGGGGGUCGGCAUGUUUGUCAUGGUCUGAUUCAGACAUCCAACUUCGCGGUGAGCAAGGUGAGACGCACUCUUGGCCAUGUGUGGCAUUCCACCAGGGCCAAUCAUGUGCUCUCGCCGGCCUCCUCUACCACAAGACUGGUCAAUAAUUCAAUAUCUAUAUGUGUCAAAGCUUUCUGUGUUCCUGCACUAGGCUGUACGUGUUUGAUGCUUCCAGAAGAUCCACGUCGCCUAGCAUUGAUUAUGGAUGCUGAUGUUUUUCAGGAUACAGAAUCCUAACCUGUUUUGGCCUUUCAAACCUCGAACGCAGUCAUUCUAUUUCUAUCAGCCAGGCCGACCAUACCACCGACCGAAUCCUUUAGUACUCAACAAGACAACGGCUAGCGGACGCCUCCCACUACACUUGAACUCCUGAGCAUUCCAAUUUCUCGACAUCUCAACGGGAGCGGAAUGAAUGAGUCUCGACAAGAAAUUACUCAUCAGAAUGGCCUUGCCAAAGCUGACUAUGUCUUGGCAGAAUGUGCGCCGGCAGAUAGGUGGAUGAAUCUGGGGACAAAAUGAAAUCCCGAACCUGGCUGGCUGGGGACCGCGGAGGGGACGUCUCCGAUAGGGCAAGAUGAUCAACCAAGGCCAGCUGGUGACGAGAUGUCAUCCAGUAAUUUUGCUGAGCUUGCAAUCGAAGAUGACGACCCUAUAUUGCUAUAUUGGCCAAGCAGGCUCGGAGAUGUCCAUGACCAAAUGCGUCUUCAAAGCUUCAGCACCGGCUUACCCUGGGCAAGGGAGCGCUGGAUGCUAAAGGGGUAUUUAAAACCCGCUCUGAUCUCGCAAACAUACUCUCGCCAGUCCAGCCCAAGAACUAGGAGACUAUUUCUGUAUCAGUCGUUGCCGUGAUGAAGCUCAUCUCUGUUGUUGCUCUGGCCUCCUUGGCCAAGGCUCAUAGCAUCUUCCAGCAGAAAGUCUCCGUCAACGGCGUCGAACACCCGCAACUCCACGGUCUCCGCGCUCCCUCUCAGCCCAACCCCGUCACCAACGUCAAUGACGCCCAGCUAGCCUGUGGUAUCCGAGGCACGCAGUCCAACCAAGUAAUCUCUGUCAAGGCCGGUGACAGAAUUGGCGCGUGGUGGGGCCAUGUCAUCGGUGGUGCUCAAUGGCCCAACGAUCCUGAUCACCCCAUUGCCUCCUCCCACAAAGGGCCCAUCUCAACCUACAUGGCCAAGGUCGACAAUGCGGCCACAGCAUCUCCCAACAAUCUCAAGUGGUUCAAGAUUUCUGAGGAGGGCCUCAACACUCAGACUGGAAAAUGGGGCGUGGACACCAUGAUCGCCAACAAGGGCUGGUCCUACGCCACGAUCCCUACUUGCCUGGCACCGGGCCACUAUCUACUGCGGCAGGAGCUGUUGGCCUUGCACUCUGCGUACAGCAACAUGGGGGCUCAGUUUUAUCAAUCAUGUGCUCAGCUCAGCGUGUCGGGCAGCGGGAGUCAUGUCCCGAGUGAGACUGUUAGUAUUCCGGGUGCGUACAAGCAGAAUGAUCCGGGGAUUUUGCUGCAGAUUUGGGUGGCUAGUGUGCCGGAUAAUGGGAGGAAGCCGUAUCCUAUUCCAGGACCGAGGCCGAUGACCUGCCCUGCUUGACGUGCAGGAGGUCUCGGAAAAGGUCUGCUGUUGAGGUUGGCAACGCGGACCGACAGCCAGCAGAGUUAUCACAUCACAGUUUGCCAUAAUACUUUGCUAUUUCUACAGUAGCCCCUUACCAAUAUCACGGCAGGGUGCUACUCUCCGCGUUGUACAGCAUUCUUGGCAAGCAGAAUGGAUCACGGAGGUCUUCUUUCCUUUCAAAGCUUCAUGCUUCGAUAUGGCACAGCUUUUGCUCAGCACAAUUCUGUUUGCGGUGUGAUCUCCACCACCCGACCUUCAACGAUUUAUUUCUACAGGCUUUAAAUCAUUGUUACCUACUUAAAUAUCAUUCUAUUCAUUCUCGCUAUCAUGAUCUCUCUCAACACUCGGAUUAUAUGCUUGAAAAAUCGGCAAGGCUGCCUUUAAAGAAGGUAGCAGCUCUCAGGGGGAAAAGGAAUCCACGCCGUUCGGUACCAACGCCCUCAAUCUCCAAGUUCCCGCAGCGGGAUCCUUCACUGUGACGGGGGGCUAUGUGAAGCCGGUCAACUCAACAUGGCCCGCGCGGGGAAAACGUGCCGAUGCUUUUGAUUUGAGAUACGCGCGGUCGCUACAGGAGCCAGGUAGAUGCAUAUGCGAAAAUAGGGCGGGUUGGCCCGCUCAAAGAUGGCGGCAAGCGAGCAUCAGGGUAUCAAGCAAGGUUGAUGUGAUCAACUGGGAGGGUCUUGACAAUCUGGACCGAGGAUGAUGGGGAUCGUGGGAGGAAGCUGUUAGGAACUGUAUCCUGGAAUGAAACUGGAGGGCUGGCACCUUCCUUAUAUGCCGCCCAUUAUGUGGAAGAGAUCGUGAUAUGGAACAGUUGAGAGCUUGGGGUAGGUUCUUGUGGGACGCAAGCUUGCAGACUGCGGAGAUGGAGCACGGUUUUGGACCCCGAGUCUCGGUGGCCUCUUUCACGGAGGCUGCGGACGCAGGUCUUUGCUAUUGUUGGUGAUCUCGGGCACUGAGACAGUCACAUACUAAACUGCAUACACACGGCACUGACCUACCUUAGGUGUGCAAUUCAAGGACGACAUCUCCAACCUUGAUCUCGACACGAUAAUCGAUGGGCACAUCACCAAUUUCAUCGACCGAAUUGCCCCAACUUGAAACGUCUUCACCUUCCCUCUUCAUAGUGCACAUUUUGUUUCCUGCAGGUACGCGGCGGCGAUGCACAGGUUCGCGUGCUGUUGUGGGCGGCACAGCAGACCAUCGCAUGGGUAAAGGUGGAAUAUUGACGGACAAGCUCAUUCGGUUG